AUGCGGGUGUUGUUUUGGAAUAUCAAUGGAGUUGCACGUGAUGUAGCUCAAGAUAAACUAAAGGAGUUGAUUAGAGAUUUUAAAACAGAUAUUUUUGGUAUUGCUGAACCAAAAGUUCCAUGUUCUGCUGGGUUCAGAUUUGGUUUACUAAGAGAAGGUUAUUCUUCUCAUGUUAUUAAUAAUGCUUCUUCUUCUAGUAUUGCUAAUAUUUGGGUUUGUUAUUCAAAUACUCUAAAUCUUUCAAUUGUUAAUGUCAGUAAGCAGGCAAUAAUAGUUGAGGUGGAUGGUGUUCAUGUUUCUUUUGUCCAUGCUACCUAUAUUCAGGUUACUAGGAGGAAUCUUUGGCAGCAACUUGUUAGUUCUGGUGAUGGUAUUCCAUGGUUAGUCAUUGGGGAUUUUAACUGUAUUCUUCGUUUGGACGAGAAGAAGGGUGGUCUUGAACCUAGAACCUCAGCUAUUAAUGAGUUUUCAGAUUGGUUGGAUGACAACAAUCUCUUUGAAGCUGAUGCUUUGGGAAGUAAGUUCACUUGGACAAAUAGACAAUCAGGUAUGACUAGAAUUAGACUAAAAGGAGUUAUCAAGGAAUGGAAUCUUCGUGUUUUUGGUAAUGUGCAUUCUAGGUUAAAGCAGGAUCAGUUGAGGUUUGAGGCAGCUGCUCUUCAUUCUGAUGAAAACCCGGAUGACAUUACAAAGUUAAAUAUUAUGAAGGAUGCUAUGGAUAAUCUUAAUGAUACUCGUGCUCAGUUGAAUACUAUGCUUAAGCAGAAAUCUAGAAAUAAGUGGCUUGUGGAGGGUUCAAGUAACACUAAUUACUUUCAUAAUAGCAUCAGAAUUCGUAGAAGUUCUAACACUAUUUCUGAACUUGUUGACAGUGCAGGCAAUACUAUUUCUGAUUAUGAGCUGCUUAGAAAUCAUGUUGUGCACUAUUAUGAGGAUAAGUUUAAUGGGCCGGAGUUGGAGACUGAUCCUAUUUUGUUUGACUAUGAUCAUAUUAGCAUCUCGGAGGAGGAAAGUUUAGCUAUGGACAGAAUUCCAUCUUCUGAGGAGAUUAAACAAGCAGUUUUUGAUCUAGGGGCAGACAGUGCUCCAGGGCCGGAUGGGUUUUCUGGUUGUUUCUAUAGACACUGCUGGGAUAUUAUUCAAGAUGACUUAUUAAGAGCCGUUAUUUAUUGCUGGAAUUCUGGUCAUAUCCCAAAUGGGGUAAAUUCUAGCCUAAUUGUCUUGAUUCCCAAGGUAAGAGGUGCUAAUUCUCUUCGUAAUUUUCGUACUAUUGGUCUCAGUAAAUUUUUCUUCAAAAUCUUUACUAAGAUCUUAGCUACUAGACUGGGGAGCGUUUUAGAUAAACUUGUUUCUGAAGAACAGGUGGCUUUCAUGAAAGGGCAUAACAUCCAUGAAAACAUUAGUCUUGCUUCUGAAUUGAUUAAUGAGCUUCAUAUCAAUCGUAAGGAUGGUAAUUUGGGCCUUCAGCUUGAUAUUUCACAAGCUUUUGACACGGUCAUUUGGUCUUUUGUCUUGGAGGUUUUUCGUAGUCCGGGGGGUUUUUUCAAGAUAAAUAGAGGUUUACGUCAGGGAGAUCCUCUUUCUCCCUUGAUCUUUGUUUUGAUGGAGGAUGUCCUUAGCAGAAAUAUCACAAAGCUUUUUGCAGAGAAGAGGAUGUCUUACAUGUGUGCUUCAGGUCAAUCUGUUUGUCGCCAAAAGAGUAAAAUUUAUUAUGGUGGUGGUUCAUUGAGUAGACGUAAUUAUCUUGUUGAUUAUUUGGGUAUGAGUGUAGCUACUUUCCCUGAUCGUUAUUUGGGUGUUCAAAUAAUGCAUGGUGUUGUGAGUUAUUCCAUUCAUAAUAUGGCUAUUUAUAAGUGGCCUAGCAAGUUCAUUGUGCAAUGUGAGCGUGCAAUUAGGAAUUUUAUUUGGUCUGGUGACUCUAAUGUCAGUCGUGCUGUUGUGGUGGCGUAUGAUAAAAUCUGUUGCCCUUUUGAGGAGGGGGGUUUGGGUUUAUCUCGUAUGGCUACUAUGAAUUCUGCAAUGUUGAUGAAGUUAUGGUGGAAGAUCAGUACUUCUAAGAAGAAUUGGGCAGGUUAUCUUAAGGCUAAGUUUUUUAGUCGAAGAGGUUGCAUUAAGACUUAUGGGGUGAAGUCUACCAUUCUUCCAGGCAUUAGAAGGGUUUAUAAAUAUGUGGAGGCUAACACUAAAGUUCUUCUUGGUGAUGGCAGGUCUACUUCUCUCUAUUAUGAUGUUUGGUAUGGAGAAAAAUGUUUUGCAGAGAUAUUGGAUGAUUUUACUCUUGACAGAUUGGUUUUGGUGAGUGAUUGCUAUAGGGAUAACCAAUGGGUUUUUCCUGAAAAUCACUUGAACUGUUUACUCGCGGCUGGUGUGGAUAUGCAUAAUCUUCCUUUUCCAAAUGUGGGUGAAGAUAAGAGAGUUUGGAUGCCAAACUUUUCAGGUGAUUUUUCGGUAAGCUCUGCCAAGGAGCUUAUUCGUCAGAAACAUGGUAGCUUCAAUGCAGCGUCUAUGCUGUGGAGGAAGGAAAUUCACCCUAGACUUGCGGCUCAAAACUGGAAAUUCAUUCGUGGUGCUUGUGCCACUUUGGAUAUCAUUCAAUCUAGGUUCAGAAUUCAUUUGGCUAACAAGUGUGUUCUGUGUGAAACUGAGGAAGAAUCGCUAGAACAUAUUCUUUUUCUUUGUUCUUUUGCAGCUCGUGCGUGGUCUUGGAUUUCUGGUAUCUUUGGUAUGACAGCAAACUUCAACAUUGUGGAUUCUUUCAAGGCAGCUAAGGGAAGAAGUGCAAUUGUCCGUGACUUGUGGCUGGUGGCGAACUUAGUAAUCAGGUCAGAACUAUGGGCUAUGCGCAACAAAUGCAUUUUUGAGAAGCACAAACCGAGCUGGGGUCUUUUUUCUAAAAGAGUGCUGAAGCUAAUACAAGAAUACUCAGUCCAUCUAAAAGGGUUUAUGCGCAACAGUGUGGAUGAUAUGGUGUUGUUGGAUUACUUCUGUGUGGUUCAUAGAAGUGUUAGACAUCAGCAGCAUAUUGAAGUGUUAUGGCAGCCUCCGGAACUUAAUGAGAUUCUAAUUUGUUGUGAUGGAGCAGCGCGUGGAAAUCCAGGCAUUGCGGGAGCAGGAGUGGUGGCAAGAGACUCUAGCUGUGCAGUUCUUGGUGCUUUGAAUAUUGGUCUUGGAGUUACUACAAACUAUUUGGCGGAACUCUAUGCAAUUAUAAUUGGUAUGGAAUGGGCAAUGCAAUGGAAUUAUGAUCGUAUUUGUGUGCAAUCUGAUUCAUAUGGAGUAGUUCAAGCUUUACAAAGCUCUUCUAUUCCUUGGUUUGCAAGAGCAAGAUGGGGGCGGUUAUGCAAUCAUUAUAUUUCUAUAAGGAUAAUUCACACUUAUAGAGAGGCGAAUUUUUCAGCAGAUAAGAUGGCUAAGAAUGGUUGUUAUCUUGAUAAUGAAGUGGGAAUUCAGUAUGAAGGAAGACCUGAUUUUUUAAUUUCCGUUGAAAACCCUAAUGUUUCCUAUUUUCGUUUCAAGUAG